CAGGAGGAACGAAGGGUAUAAGGGGUUCAAUGGGGACGGAAAAUGGGGAGUCUUGAUGUUUCUAUCUGGCUACACUAGGCAGAGUAAGGUAUCGUACAAAAGAGAUCGGUCUCAAAGCCGGAGUUGAAGUCUGCAGUGCGACUCGCAGCGGUAAUCCUCCAAGGUGCCUGCCUUCAUGCGGGCAGAGUCAAAGGUGUGGUAGCACUGCUGCUGCCGUCCAGUUAUCGUGGAUGUUCCCCGCCCUCGGCUGGAGCCUAUCGUACAUGUACAGGUAUAAGAACAGAUCCAAUGCUCAUCGAGCCCAGUCGCCAGUCCUCUUCACAUCUCAGCUCCCCCGUCCCUGUCUUCAUCAUCACCGGGCCAAAUUAACCCAAUAUGUCGUCCAAUCAGCAACCGCCUUCAACCUCACCAGCGCAGCAAGUCGAAGAACCAACCUCCAACCCCACCCCCCUCUCCAACAACACCCUCUUCACAACCCUCUGUCCCUCCUACGAACUCGCCUUCGCCAACAUCCCCGCCCGCGACUCCUCCCUCUCCUGGCUUCUCGCCCAACUCGCCUACCACGACACCUUCCCCCCUCACCCUCGCCCCUGGAUCCACGACGCUUUGCCUCCCCACCUCCAGCGUAAACGCAUCCUGGACAUCGGCAGCGGCACCGGCCGCCCUGUCUGCUCCGCACUGGCUGAAGCGGGCCAUUCAGUGCUGGGGAUUGAUCUGUGUCCUACCAUGGUCGAGUUCGCGAAGGGGAACGUCGCUUCGUUGUAUCCCGAUGGAAGGGCGGAGUUCGCGCAGGCAAAAGUCAUGGGGGCUAGAGGUGUGAAUCGGGAGGAGGGAGAUCCGGAGGGGUAUCAUGCCGUGACGCCGUAUUUCUCGUUGCUGGCUGGGUUUGAGACGCGAAGGGAGAUAAGAGAGGUGAUUAGGAAGGUGUACCAUUGGUUUAGAGAGGGCGGGCUGUUUGUGUUCGCUACGGUGCCGAUGGAUGUCGAGGGGGAGGUGAUUGAGUGGUUGGGAAAGCCGGUGACGGUGUCGAGUUUGAGUCGAAGCCAGGUGUUGGAGGUGGUUAGGGAGGUCGGGUUCGAGGUUGAGUGGGAGAUGACGAGGAAGUUUGCGCCGAAGGCGGUGGAGGCGGGGAUCUUGAAGCCGGAGGAGGCGGAGAAGGCCUGGGAAGAGGAGCAUUUGUUUGUUUAUGCGGUUAAGACGUGGUAUCCGGAGGAGUAG